AUGGCGUUUCUGGGAGGAUCAUUGCACGUGACGAGAAGCAUUGACAGCCGGAAGAUGACGGAAGGGGGGAGCCACGGCUGGCUAGUGUCGUGGCGGCAGGCGCCGGCUCCCGUUAGGCAGCUCUACUGGAGGGUGAGGCGGGCCGUGCUGCGGCCGAAGCGCCACGCCGUGAGUUUCGGGUAUGACAUCAAGAGCUACUCCCAAAACUUUGACGAUGGACUCGUCCCUGCCCAUCGCCUCUAG